AUGGGUCAAAUUGCUGAAAAAUUGAAUGAGAGAGCUGAAGGUUCCUUACCAAGUAAUACGAUGAAAAAUCCAUGUGAACAAGCAAAUGCUAUAACUUUAAGAAGUGGAACAAUCUUAGAGGAAGUUGAACCAAAAAGGAAGGAUAAGAACCCACCAAAGAAGAAUGAAGAAUCUGAGCAAGAAGUCAUGAAGAGAUCAUUGUUGAAGAGAAGCCAACAAGUCCCAGAAAAGAAGAACCAAAGAAGGAAAAGAUAUGCAUUGCAACAAAUGUCGAGUUAUGCUAAGUUCUUGAAGGAAAUUUUUUCAAACAAGAGGAAGCUGGAAGAGAAAGAAACAAUGAUGCUUACAGAGGAAUGCAAUGCCAUUUUGCAAAAGAAGUUACCACCAAAGCUCAAAGAUCUAAAGAGUUUCAUUAUCUCUUGUGUUAUAGGAGAUGUUACAUUUGAUAGAGUUUUUUAUGACUUAGAUGCUAACAUAAAUCUAUUGCCUUUUUCUGUUUUCGAGAAAUUGGGGAUCGGUGAAGUAAAGCCUAUAAUGGUUUCUUUACAGCUUGCCGACCGACCGAUCAAGCAUCCACAAGAUUUCGUUGUAUUGGAUAUGGAGGAAGACAAAGAGAUACGGCUCAUUUUGGGAAGACCAUUCCUUGAUACAGGAAGAACUUUAAUUGAUGUACAGGAAGGAAAAUUGAUUUUGAGGGUCCAAGAUGAAAUGGUAACUUUUAAUGUGUUUGAGGCCAUGAAAUUUCCAUCGGAAGUAGAGUCAUGUUUUGGGGUUGAUGUGGUUGAUAGAGUAGUAAAAGACACAUUUGAAGAGAUCCAUCCUCAACUACCUCUUGAAGCAUGCAUUUCCAAAUCCAAAACUACCGAGGAAGACGAGCCAAGGAAGAAUGAGUGUGCUAAGUAUUUGGAAGCACUUCAACCAAUGAACACCAUCUAG